AUGUGCCAGACUUUUGUAAGAAAACGUUAUAAAACGAAUAGUGGUAGAUCUGGUCUGGACUGGGGAAUUGAACGUCCAGUUCUGGCCAUCUCUCUGUCACGCAACGCUACUGUCGUCCCUCCAGAGAAGGCAGCGCUGCGUGACAGACAGAGGGGCAGACGUAACUGGUGUUACCAAACUUAUUCAGCAUUAUCCCUGCUAAAGGCCAGUUUAUUUACUAAUUGCAAUUCUGCAGGUGUGAUAGAGAUGUUGGGUGGCACUGGAGGACUUUGGGAAUUCAAGGCUUCCCUUCUGGCAUCGCACGGAUUUGCAGCUCUUGCAUUGGCCUACUUAUCUUAUGAUGAUAUUCACGAAUUGCCAUCAUCCAUGGACAUGGAGUACUUUGAGGAGGCAGCCAACUGGCUCAGCAGUCAUCCUAAAGUCUUGCCGCAUGGUAUUGGCGUUCAUGCCAUUUGCUAUGGAUCCUGGGCCGCGUUGUUAAUGGCAAGUCUUGGAAUGAAAGCGGUCAAAGCCCUUGUGGCCAUUUCACCCGUCAUAAACGCUUUCCCCAUACCAUUUAGUUACAAAGGAAAGGUCUCGGAAAUACUUCCUUUUGAAAAUAGCCAGAAGAUAUCGACAAAAGAAGGUAGCAUCUGGCGUUACGCCAUUCCAGCAGUCAAUGAUGUCAGUACCCCAGUCUCUAACUACUCACCAAUCACACCAGUCGAAAACAUUUCCUGUCCUGUUCUUUUAGCCUAUGGAACAGGUGACCUCAAUGUUGGUUCUGACUUUGCUACAGAACUGAUUUUUAAUCGCCUGAAAGCCCAUGGUAAGGAACGUUUGUGUUCUAUUUUACGUUAUCCCGAGGCGGGACAUCUCAUCGAGCCGCCGUACACUCCACACUGCUAUUCCUCAUUCUCCGGUAUUACUGCCAAAUGGUCUGGUGACCACUAUCUAGUGUGGGGAGGGGAGAUGAAUGCUCAUGCUAAAGCACAAGAGGACGCCUGGCCAAAGAUCUUAAGGUUUCUGCGAAUAAAUCUUCAGCACUCGAGUAAUUUGUAGAAUGCAGCUAAAAGUUUAGAAUAAAAGUGCACAUGGGAACGAU